UUUUGCGACUAGUCCGCGUCCAAACUCAUGCAUGUAGUACUGCAUAAAUUCAUUGAAUCGUGUGUAACAAAUAGUGAGUUGAAAAUUUGCACAGGGGCAAAGCCAAUUACUAAAUAAAAAGAUAGUAUACUUAUCUGUAUAAUGAGUUCUAGUACAAUCCAAGAAAUUGCUGGCCAAAGUUGUGAUAAUUCAUCAGAUCCCCAUGUUCUUGGCCCUUCCAUUGAGUGCGAGAUGCAAAGUGAGGAAGAGGAUGACGAGGAUUUUAGUGACUUAUUAGACAUUCUUUUAGGAAAUACCCCCAUCACAACUUUCUCUCCGAAUCAACAAGACAUCUCUGAAUUGACGCUUGAUGAGUACUUUAAACACAAGCAUCAACUUGCAGUUGUUCGUUACAAACAAAAAUUAGACGCGUACCGUGACGCCGUGCUCCUCGCUCAAACACCGCAAGACUUUGAGACGCUGGUAAAAAUAGUGGACAAGAAGGAGGAACAGGAAGGAGAGGAAAGAUUUUUGGCCAUCCGACGAAGGGCGAAAUUCCUCCAGGACAAAUGGAGCGAAGAGGACAGCAGACGUGAACCACUAUUACCAACUUCUGUCGCUUCCGAAAGUACCGGAUCGACGUACGUUAAAGUCCGGAUUCCUUUCGAUGAGGAAGACACUGCCCUUUACUUCCCCCGAUUAGUCCGGAGUCGCACUAUUACAACUCCCACACUGAAUGGUCAAAUCUCAGAGAAUGGGGACGGGAAAUUGAGACAGAAUGGAGAGAAAGUUGACCUCGGCAUUGUCGAAGACAAAUCUCCCUCUUGCUGGCGAAAUUUUUUUAAGCAAAUCAAUUGUUUCCAUCCCUGACGCCUUUCACUAUUCAAAUCUAAUAUUAUUUAAAUAACUUAUUAUUUUGUGGAUAUUCAUAUAUUAUUAUUGUACGUAUUCAUAAUAUAAAACAUUUACAAUUUAUGAUUAUGCGUUGUGAACAUGCUUCAUAUUCGAUUGAACGUAUUUUGAUAUCGACACAGAAAACUGACCAGUAAUUAACU